CUUUCAAGAAAUUGAGAAAAUCAAAUCCAAAGCCUGGGUUGCCCUGGUAAUUUAUACGAGCCCCAUACAGCCCAUACAGUGCCUGGCAAAAAAGUUACUAAGCCUUUUUUUGGCUUCGAUUAUUGUUGCAGAUAACCAUCUCUUCUCCCCCUCCAUCCACCAGUUGUUGUCCUUCUGGUUCUAAGACUGUCAAGUUUUUGACCUUUGUGCCUCUCUAUUUCUCACCGGGAUUCCAUCGGAUCGUCCCUCAUUCCUUCUUUUUGACACUUUCCAUUCCCCCGCACAUUUCACAAUGGUCAAGGAAACGAAGUUCUAUGACCUCUUGGGCGUUGCCCCCGGGUGUAGCGAGGCUCAGCUGAAGACUGCCUACAAGAAGGGUGCUCUCCGGUACCACCCUGACAAGAAUGCCGACAACCCCGAGGCUGCAGAGAAGUUCAAGGAACUGUCGGCCGCUUACGAGUGUCUCUCCGACCCCGAGAAGCGUCAACUGUACGACCAGCUUGGUGAGGAGGGUCUGGAGCACGGUGGUGCCGGCGGUGGCAUGAACGCCGAGGACCUUUUCUCGCAAUUCUUCGGCGGCGGCGGUGGCGGUCCCUUCGGUGGAAUGUUCGGUGGUGGUGGUAUGCGCGACCCCGGUCCCAAGAAGGCCCGCACAAUCCACCACGUGCACAAGGUCAACCUGGAGGACAUCUACAAGGGCAAGGUAUCCAAGCUUGCUCUCCAGAAGUCCGUCAUCUGUGGUGGCUGUGAUGGCCGCGGCGGUAAGGAGGGUGCCGUCAAGGAGUGCACAGGCUGCAACGGUAGCGGUAUGAAGACCAUGAUGCGCCAGAUGGGUCCCAUGAUCCAGCGCUUCCAGACUGUCUGCCCUGACUGUAACGGUGAGGGUGAGAUCGUCAAGGAUAAGGACCGCUGCAAGAAGUGCAAUGGCAAGAAGACCGUUGUUGAGCGCAAGGUGCUCCACGUCCACGUCGACAAGGGUGUGCGCGAUGGCCACAAGAUCGAGUUCCGCGGUGAGGGUGACCAGAUGCCCGGUGUCAUGCCUGGUGAUGUCGUCUUCGAGAUUGAGCAGAAGCCCCACCCCCGCUUCCAGCGCAAGAAUGACGACCUGUUCUACCAGGCUGAGAUUGAUCUGCUUACCGCUCUUGCUGGCGGUGCCAUCCACAUCGAGCACCUCGAUGACCGGUGGAUGACCGUGAACAUUGCCCCUGGUGAAGUUAUCACUCCUGAUGCCAUCAAGGUCAUCCCCGGCCAGGGUAUGCCCUCGUUCCGCCACCACGACCACGGCAACCUGUACAUCAAGUUCGAUGUCAAGUUCCCCCAGAAGGACCAGCUCCAGAACUUGGACCUCCUGGAGAAGGUCCUCCCCCUCGUCUCGAGCAGACCCAGCCCCCAGCUGACGCCAUGGUCGAGGACUUUGAGCUGGAGAGUAUCGAGAGCAGCGAAGGCGAGAAGGCCCGCGCCCACGGUGCCGCCGGCGCCGGCAUGGAGGAUGACGAUGACGACGUGCCCGGCGGUGCCGAGCGUGUGCAGUGCGCUUCGCAGUAAAAGAAUUUCGAAGACCGUUCCAUACCGUUUCGAUCGAGAGAUGUCCACCCGUGACGAACUUCGCUUAUGAUACCAAUGUGAAGCGGGCACUCCCCUCCUCUGAACCGGAACAUCUUUCGUGUUUGUCUUUGUGCUUUGCAAAUGGCGUUCUCUCUGAAGACCCCGGAAGAUAUCAGUGAUUUUCCUUCUCUUCUCGGUUCUCUUAUUCUCAAUUCCCUGUAAUCUCUUUAUUUUCCCUGUCCUCCCAAUCUGCGCUUCUUUGCAUACUCUUUUCACCUUGCUUUUCUUCCCUUACCUUUCCUUGCUUAUUUUGUCUUUGGGAACCCGGGGGUUUGUGGCGGAUCUGAUCUUGCACUGUGAGGGGAAUUCGGAAAGAGUGAUGAAGCUGAAGAUGGAGAAUGAGACCACGACGGCCCAGGUGUUUGGCAGAGGGAUUCAACGAUCUGGUUUUUCUUUGAUUCGACCCUGGGAUGGGAUUGUGGCAUGAUCAUGAUGGAUUCGUUUUUUACUUUUCUCUUCCUUUUUUUGUUUCUAGCAUGCACUCUGAUGACCCUUGAAUAGACAUUGCGUGGUUUUUCGUUCCAAUGAAUCAUUCAUCCGUA